AUGGCUGCCGCAAACGACCAGAGCGGUUUUCUUCGAAUUUUCUCCGCUCGACCCCAACAGGUAUUCAAGGAACCACGUAUCAAUGAGCUGAGUGAAACUGCAGUCCAAGGUAUGGCCAACGGACAUCGCGUUUAUGUAUUUGUCGCGAACGACAACCACCUUGCAGCUCCAGAUAUGGUGUCGAGCACCCAGUCCUCCUUGAUGGCCAUGGCUGUCGUAUCGCCUGUCAUCAACUUGUCUCUGCGAAUGCAUAACAGGAAAUACAAUACUGUGAUCAAUAACGUUGUCCUUCCUCCUGGAAAUAUGCGAGCAUACAAAGAAUUCUUGUUGUGGGUCGGGGAUGUGGUAUUAAAGGGUUCGAUGGUGCCUUUACGCAAUUUGAAGAACAAGCCGAUCACCACAUAUGCUGAGAUCGUCAAGAUUGCUACCAAACUCAAGAUCGGUUACCUCGCUGUUGGACUUCGACGACGAGUCUUGUCUGCCGUCAAUCCUAGUGUCGGCAAGCAAUUCAUUGUCCAUCCUGGUGAUGUCCGGGAUGUGUUCACAGAGCUGCCAGCCGGUCACUGGGUUCGAGUUGCAGUUGCCAAAGGUAUUGCAGUUGCUGUCAAUUCCAACAACUUGCACCCAAACUUCGCGUCGAAACUUGAUGACCUAUACUCGGAGAUCGAGGGCCUUGAUAUGGAGAUUCAGCAGGAGAUCAACGAGCUCAACUAG